AAUCAGGCAAAAAGCGUAGACGGCUGUAACGGCCAGUGCCGUAAAGUGUAGCGCUGGAUGCACGACAGUCGGAAAGGUCCCCUUUGCGGGUGGCUGAACGAAGAUGGCGGCGGGGGAGGUGAAGUCGGUGCUUUUUGUGUGCCUGGGAAACAUUUGUCGCUCUCCAAUAGCUGAAGCAGUUUUUAGAAAACUUGUAACUGAUGAAAAAGUUGAAAAUAAGUGGAUGACAGACAGCGCUGCUGUUUCAGACUGGAACGUGGGGCGCUCCCCAGAUACAAGGGCUUUAAGCUGUCUAAGAAAUCAUGGCAUUGAGACAGCACAUAAGGCACGGCAGGUUACUAAAGAUGAUUUCCAGACCUUUGAUUAUAUACUCUGUAUGGAUGAGAGCAAUCUAAGAGAUCUGAAAAGGAAAAGCAACCAAGUUAAAGACUGCAAGGCCAAAAUUGAGCUGCUUGGAACUUACGAUCCACAGAAACAACUUAUCAUUGAAGAUCCAUACUAUGGGAGUGAAAAGGACUUUGAAACUGUUUACGAGCAGUGUGUUAGAUGCUGUAAAGUGUUUUUGGAGAAGUCUCAUUAACGCGUCGUCAUUUUAUUUCUGAAAGAAAAUAAUUAGCUUCUCCUGAAAUAUGUAAGGUUUACUUGAUUGAUGUAUUUAAAUUGUAAAGUUAUGCCUCGCUGGGUUCAAAACUGUUUCAGUAUCAUUUUAUAUUUUAGGUUUUCUGUCAUUAAUUAAAAAGCAUAGAAAAGUUUUAAUUGGACUAGAUGAUCAACCGUUUUAUCACACAUCAAUGUUGUAGUAAAGUAUGUAAUUCAGAAUAAAUUUAUCUCUAAACUGUUCCAGUGCUUUCUCACAAGCACUGCAAAAGUAACAUCUUGCUUCUUUAUCUGCUAUACUAACUAAAAUGAGGUCUUCUUAUUGUGCCAUUAGUGAGUUAAUACAACUGACUUUCAGUGGGAGUCUGUGAGAUAAUAGUUCAUGUAUGAUAAUGUAGGCAUGUCAUCCUAGUGUUGUUAGAUGGCCUUUGGACUGAUGCUGUUCCAUAUUGAGCCUAGUAGACUAAAAGAACUGCCUGCUCCCCAACAGAUGCUGCUCUUAGCACUAUUUCAAAGCUUAAGCGACCAAAACCCCUGUGUGUCAACAGGAUCCUGUGAAAAUGUUUUUUUUUUGUGUCAGUUUAAGUGCUCAGUUAUUUAAAGAAAAAGUAAUAUUUGUUCUAGUACAUUUUCUACUAAUUAAGAAGAACACAGUUCAGAAAUAGUGAUUGAUGUUAAUAGGACUUUUCCAGCUAGUCUUCCUUUGGUCGUUUGGUCAAUUCCUAAUGCACUGAUACAAGCACGUGUAAUAUCGUAUUUAAGGACAGAACAAGUCAGUGUAAAAGGCUAAAUGUGAAACAUACAGUUUGUAUCUCACAGUAGUAAAAUACUCAAAUCCAUGCAAUACAUUCACUGAGUUUUGCUGUAAUCCUAGUUCCUAUGUGGGUGUCAGACAGUAUUUUCAGAUUUACUCAGGAGAAUUGAUAGUCUGUCAGAAGUGUUCUCUGAGAGCAUAGCUCAGCCCAAAGACAGUCCAUCUGUAAUGUAAUGCAAAGUUAACAGAAGGCCAGUAAGUAGAAAGUUCCGCUUUUGGACAAAAAUUGAAUGCUUUGUUAAAAUCCAUAUUUUUUGUCUGAAUAGAAACACAAUUUUCUGCCUAGAAACACAAGUGUACUGCAAUCAGUAAGAUCAGUAAUGUAACUGAUACCAGAAUUGUCCUAUUUUCAGUAAUGACAUUGGUAUGAACUCACAUUACCACAUUGUAAAACUGGAUCUAUAAAACUUGCUUUCUUAUGGAGCUGUGUUUUUCCCUCUGUUUUUCCUUCCUAGCUACUAGAGUAGCCUCUGUAUUUGUCACUGACUUUCUCCUCUGAGAGAGGGGUUUGUUUUGGUAGAGGUCCCUGUUUUUCCUGAGGAGGAUGGAAUCCCGUUGUCACUCUGCCUGUGCAGCAGCCUGCACAAUGGGGAUGAUGCAUCCUGGGACUCUUGCUGUAGAACAGCUGUUUGUGUUAGUGAGGUUUCUGUUUUGUGCUAAAAUUUCCAUCAGACAUAAAACUUAAGAACCUGCUUACAGAAAGGCAAGGGGUAGGUGGAACACCUUAAUACAGAAAUCUGGAUCUUUGUGCUUUUUUGCAUUACUCGUAUCUUUGACUUUAAAAUAACAAGCUGGGCAUUUGCAAGUUAAUAGAUGUUUCACUUCAGGACAAAGAGUGAUAUAUAUAAUAUUUCAGGUGAGAUCAAGCACCAACUCUGGAAUAAAUUAUUUUCCAUUUCUUUUAUGGGUGUUUUGACAAAGUAAAUGAGGGAGAACCAUGAGCAGCUGGUACAAACCAUCUUAAAUCUGGUUUUAUGCACUGACUUCAGAAGUGGAAGUAUUUAGGUGUAAUCUGAUGUUAUUCUCUGACCACUUAAAAUACUCCAGUGAAAAUAAAAUAAUUCAGAAGAUUGAGAACAUGAUGGUUUGUGCUUUGCCAUUCAUGGCUGAGUAGGACCAUGAUGGAAUUGACCCUAUAGUUUCCUUCAUAUUAAACUUAAGAUUUAAAAGUCUUAAAUCUUUGAGCUGCUGGGGUAACAGAAGGGAAAGAAAAAGGUACAGUUGUUUAACUUCACUAGGCUAAGGAAUCUCCUGCAAAGUAACAUGAAGUCAAAACUGUUUGUGUUAAAUUCAGUUAAGAUUUUUAAAGUUUCAGCCUUAAGGUAUAUUUUCAGCAAGUAAUCUAUUGGCUAAGUCAUUCACCAGCUCUACUAGGAGGAAGAAGCUGAUGGAUUGAUUUUACCCUUAGUGGGUUCCUUUUGGAGAAGGGGAAGGAGAGCACCAUGGUAUUUUAUCUCACUUGUAGAACUCAAGAAUACAGAGCAGGGAUAACCUUCAGGAGGGACAGUUGUGCAGUACCGUUAUUUGGGUUCCAAGAGAAGAAGUGGACAUUGGAUGAAUACACAAGUUAUCAUCCAGAUGUCUAAGCUCUUACAGGUUUAAAAUACCCCUCAUGAAAAAAUGUAAUGUUGAAUGAAAAACUACAGAGCGGACUCCUCCUUCCCUCUCUUCUCCCCCACGGCUUGUUUUACGUCAGGUAGUAAGGUUAUAUCCAAGACUGAAUACAAAAAAUUAUGCUAUAGUAUAGUUAUAUCUUCUCUCAAAGCACACAGACCUCUGUUAAAUCCAUUUAAGACUUCCAUGGGAUUGAUUUAUUUAUAUUCAUCUAUUAAAUCAUUAAAUAAUUUUUUUCCUUUUGCAAGAUUUUCUAGAAGAUUUUUAUUGAACUGGAUUUCAGGUGUUUUACAACAGAAAGAAAGUUUUGUACUAAUUUAUAACUCAUGUUCUGUCAUAUGCUGUGAUCUGAUCUCAGCCCAUGGAACCACGGAGAAGCAAAGUUCCAUUCGCCCAUAUGUUUACUGUGGGUGAGCAGCCAAAUGAAUCCUGUAGUAGUAGAUUCCUUUAACUACCAGUUUUUCAGUAUCCAUGUGUUACUCCUAUUGAGCAAUGAAACUUCAGCAUUUAGUGAUCACUGAAACCAAGUAACAAAUAUGUACCUCUCCUUUACUAAAUACAGCCAAGUUCCAGGCUGGCAUUUUGUACUUCUGCCUUUUCUUUCUUCUGAAGAGCUAGAUGCUAAAGCCUCUGAAGUGUGCAUUUCCAAUAUCCCAUCUUCUAGCUGUUUCUCAGGGUGGAGAGGGGCGUGUUUGGUUCUGUUUUUACAUUUUGUGGUUUGAAUUGAGGGUAAAAUGGAAGCUAAAUGACAGUAUUAAGAGUACCUGAGGUUUAUCUACAGUUCACAGAUAAAUUUUUUCUUCCUGUUUAAACUAUUUUAUUAUGACAACUGGAUUUAAUACCUGAUUUAAGGAAUAAAGGGAAAUGUGUAUUAAGG